AUGGAGUCCCUCGCGGAGAUCAGCAAGAGCCAGCCCCACGCUGCCUAUGUCGCUUUCACAAAAGGAUUUAAAUCCAAAUUCACUUAUUACUUGCGCACCAUCGAAUCGUUUGAAGAGUAUGUGGACCCCAUCGAAAAAGUGAUUCACAGUUCCUUUCUUCCUUCAUUUUUCGGACGAGCGGAGCCUCUUCCUGAAGAACUUACGGAACUUGUCAGACUAUCACCUGCGCAGGGUGGGAUUGGGAUUCCCGAUCUUAAGCGCGAAAGUUUGGAGCAGUUCAAUGCCUCGCUCGAUGUAACAGCACCACACGUCAAUUCUAUUGUUACUCAAAGCUCCACCAUUCCAGCACGAGAGCUGAUGUAG